AUGGAUCAAAACCCCUCCACAGCUUUCCCCAUAUCCCUCCUAAAAACAAUAUGCCUCAUCGGUUCUCUCUCUUGGCUGCAGCUGCUCUACGCAGCCUCCUACCUCAUACGACCAUUCUGGAACACAAGGCGCGAGUUUCCACCCUUCAACAUGGCCAUCAGUGUUACGGAAACAAGCAUUACCAACACCAUCCUCGGCCCUGUCCCACUCUCAGCCUAUACUUCCGCAACAGCAACAGAGCGCCAGUGGUACCUUUCGUCAGGCAAUGAUACCCUGAACCACGAUAACAGCAUCCGCACCACCAACUUGCCAGCCACCUCAACCUGGCCACAGCAGGGACAUCAAGACUCGGGUUCUUCAUCAGAGCAAGAAAGUCCCACGCCACAGCCAGAUACCGAACAUCAACGAGAAAGUUCCCCCAUCUACGAAACCAUGCGCAAGUUCCGAUCCAGCACACGAGGCAGCUUCUCAAAGAUUGCCAGCUCUGCAAAAGCCAUCUUCCAACAACCGCUGACCGUUGUCUCACGGUCUCUGGACGGUUCGCCUUCCGACGAGGAACGUGCCGAGCCAAGCCUGGUUCCGGUUUCAGUACGCACUUCACAGCCUCACUUCGUCCAGAACAUGCCUUUCCCCGUGUCCAUGUCUGCACCAGCGCGUGUAGCAGAUCACUUCAGUGACCCUGGUCCGUCGACUGGAAUUAAGGCGCAGCAGCCUGUCUCACUUGGGGCGGCCGUUAAUGCGGCGGAGGAUUCCGAGACGGUGCAGAUGAAUCGCGCGCGCAAGUAUCACUCUGUUGAGAGUUAUCCCGGGAAAUUUCCUGUUAGUGAUGCGUUGGAUUAUAGCUCGCUUGCUACUGCUUAUGCUGUUAGAGGGAGGGGGACUACCUCUGUUCGACCUUUCUCGGAUUACUAG